CAAUCCCUAAAGCUUGGGAACAAUCAUUGUUACUCAUGCCCGGUUGGUUGGUUGUAGUUAUUGAAUUAGAUAGCCAAUAGCUUUUCCAUCCACGUCACAAACUAUGCCAGGCAACCGUACUGGUGAAGUUCAGUCAAGAAACCAGAAUCACAGUCCGCGUCUAAACAACCAAUCAGAAUUGGGGAAUGAAGUCACAGACCCAAUAAGAUGCAUCCACGUGGACAUCCCACGUCUUUCCUCUUAUAAACAAAAGGGAAACGAAUUUUCCUAAAAAAAAAAACAAAAGGGAAACGAAUUCGGCGUACUUUAACCGUUGAACCGAACUUUCUCGUUUCGUUUCCUUUCUUCCCCGCAUUCCUUCUCUGCUCUCUGAUCUCCUCUCUGCUUCCACUCUCUUCCAACCUCAAAUUUCGAGAACCAGAAAGAAGGAGAAGAAGAACGAGCGAAAGUCCGCUCCUGAACGCCGUCGCAAUGGAAGUUCAUGGAGCCGGAUUCCGACGAGUGUUUCUGUUAGCAUUUUGCGUCGCCGGGAUCUGGGCUGCCUAUAUUUACCAAGGCGUUCUUCAAGAAACUUUGUCAACCAAGCGAUUUGGUCCGGAUGGGAAGAGAUUUGAGCAUCUUGCAUUCUUAAACUUGGCGCAGAAUGUGGUCUGUUUGGUUUGGUCAUAUAUAAUGAUAAAGCUCUGGUCCAGUGGUAGCAGCGGUGGUGCUCCUUGGUGGACUUUCUGGAGUGCCGGCAUUACAAACACAAUUGGUCCUGCGAUGGGUAUAGAGGCAUUGAAGUACAUAAGCUAUCCAGCUCAGGUCCUGGCAAAAUCCUCAAAAAUGAUUCCAGUCAUGUUGAUGGGCACUCUGGUUUAUGGCAUACGAUACACUUUUCCGGAGUAUCUUUGUUCUUUCCUUGUUGCUGGUGGAGUAUCUGCAUUUGCACUUUUGAAGACUAGCUCAAAAACAAUUAGCAAGUUGGCACAUCCAAAUGCCCCACUUGGAUAUGGACUUUGUUUCUUGAACCUUGCAUUUGAUGGAUUUACAAAUGCCACCCAGGAUUCAAUAAACACAAGGUAUCCAAAGACGACUGCUUGGGAUAUAAUGUUGGGAAUGAACUUAUGGGGAACCAUAUACAACCUGAUCUACAUGUUUGGCUGGCCACAUGGUAGCGGUUAUGAGGCAGUCCAGUUCUGCAAGCUGCAUCCAGAGGCUGCAUGGGACAUUUUUAUCUAUUGCCUAUGUGGUGCUGUGGGCCAGAACUUCAUUUUUCUAACUAUUAGCCGAUUUGGCUCUCUUGCUAACACAACUAUUACCACAACACGCAAAUUUGUCAGCAUUGUGGUUUCUUCUCUUCUGAGUGGCAAUCCACUGUCUGCAAAGCAGUGGGGCUGUGUAGUGAUGGUCUUCUCAGGGUUGUCAUAUCAGAUCUUCCUGAAGUGGAGGAAAAUCCAAAGGCUGCAGAAGAAGAGAAAGGCCUGAAGAUGACCUGUUACAGUUUUGCACUUCACAUUUCUCUUUUUUUUUUUUUUUAAACUGCUCCCGGUGGGUAGUGCCAUAUUAUAUAUCAAUCACCCUUUAGUUUUGUCUUAUUGGCCAGAAUUUGUACCCCUAAGGUCCAAUGAUCACAAAUUUAGAUACUCAGAAAUAUAUUAAUGUAACAGAACAGAGAUCUACUGGAAUCUCCAAUUUAUAUUGAUGUGUUGGAAUAUUCAUUAGCUGAAGUAAUACCAAAUAUGCUUUUGGAGGGCAAAUGCAGAAGACCUUCAUUUA